AGGAGCCUCCUCCGCUGACAGACAAGCAGAUCUGCGCCGACACCUGAACAAUCACCAAGCCCCACCGACAGCAAACAAAUGAAGGAGAGGCGGAGGGACGGGAGGGUCUUCUAAUAAAUUAAGAAGAAGAAGAAGAAGAAGAAGAAGAAGAAGAAGCAGGAGGAGGAGGAGGAGGAGGAGAAGAAGAGCUAACUGGACUGGAGAGGAGGGAGAAGCGGGAGCAGGCAGCCGGGGCACGCAAGCCCGUCCACAGUGGGGAGAAAUCACCGCCACCGCCGCCGCCGUCACAUCCCAUCACAGCACAGCUCAGCUCCGAGAUGACAAAGUCCCAGUGAAGCAGAGAGAGAUGUCGCAGAAGAAGAUAUUCCUGGUCUUCCUCGCCAUCAGCACUGUCAGUCUUCUACUGCACCAUGGGGGCCACUUAAGCUGGACCAUUGAGGCCCUCCACCUUGGUUGUCCCGCCCUCUCCUCUCACCCUUCCCCGGGCCUGAAACCCAAGCACACCAAUGUGGUCUUCCUCAAGACUCACAAAACGGCCAGCACCACCAUGCAGAACCUGCUGUUCCGCUUCGCGGAGCGCAACAACCUGACGGUGGCGCUGCCCGUGCAGGCCUGCAGUCACCAGUUCUGCUACCCGCGUUCCUUCACCUCCCAUUUCGUCCAUCCCCACACACUGCCGCCGAACAUCGUCACCAACCACAUGCGCUUCAAUAAGCCCGAGCUGCAACACCUGAUGCCAAACGACACGAUAUAUUUCACAAUUCUGAGAGAGCCGGGCUCCAUGUUUGAGUCUUUGUUCACUUACUACAACCAGUACUGCCAGACCUUCAAGAAAGUCCCUAAUGGCUCCCUGGAAGCUUUCCUAGAGGAACCCAUGCGCUACUACAAGACUGAUGAUAAGUAUUCCAUGUAUGCACGCAACACCUUAACCUUCGACCUGGGCGGAGACAAUAAUCGUCCGGCGGCAGAUGCGUCGUAUGCGCGAGCCUUUGUGGCAGAGGUGGAGCGAGUGUUCUCUCUGGUGAUGAUCGCCGAGUACUUUGACGAAUCGCUGGUUCUCCUUCGCCACCUCCUCUCCUGGGACCUGGAUGACAUACUGUACGUUAAGCUCAACAUGCGGACACAGAAUUCCAAGCGGAGCCUGACUCCCAAUCUUCGCUCAAAGAUCCGCAACUGGAAUUCUUUAGAUGCGCGACUGUACGACCACUUCAAUGCCUCGCUGUGGCGCCAACUGUCAGCUCUCGGCCACGCUUGCGUGGCAAGGGAGGUGCGGCUCCUUCGGCAGGCUCAGGAGAGGUUAAUGAGGAGCUGCUUCGGAGGCGGGAUGCCACUCCUCCGUUCGGCCGCCCAGAUCAAAAACAAGGACCUGCGCCCCUGGCAGCCUAGCGGAAAAGUCGACAUAGUGGGUUACGACCUGCCGAUGAACGUCAGCCAUGGGUUCUCGAGCCAGGCUCAGGAGCUCUGCCUCAAACUCAUCAUGCCGGAGGUUCAGUACACACGGGUGCUCCUGCGCUCCCAGUCACUGCGCUACCGUCGAAGCCAUCAGCAGCAGCUGCACACCCCCCAGCAGCCCGUACGCACAGUCUUGCCUCGGCAUCCUCAAGUCCACCGCAGCCAGCCGCCCCCUGCGGCUCCAGGCUCUGCCUCAGGCACAGGGUCCACCUCCACCUUAAAGCCUGCGGUAGGAACUCAAGGCCAGGUGACAAAAGUAGAGCCUAAAUCCUCACAAAGCCAGGCCUGAUAGGCCGAGAACAAACUUGAAUAAAAUCUGAGUGCCCAACAGACUGCAUUGUUCUACCCGUAAAUGAAGCUUGACUGGUGGGGGGGUCUUCGGCAAAUUGUCUGCGUUGUUUGCGAAUCGGUGUCUCUUCUUUUCCUUCAAGACGAUGUUUGGGAGAAGAAUUAAUAACUAAAGAGGGUUCGACAUAUCUGGAAUUGAACUUGAAUCUCCACUUUCUUUUCUGUGAAGCAGCACCGGAAAAACUGGGACUAAACUACAACUCGGCUCAAUUGCACACCUCUACGCGCCUGUACACAGCAGAGGGGAGAGGGUUUUUGGUGAAGGUAGUCCUUUGAAGCAAAUCUUAUGUGUGACUCAAUAGGGAAGGGGCAAUAUCAAACUUAUUGUGAGGCACAGAGUGUGCUUUGUAUGUAUCACACUGGUGUAGUAUCAUGUUACUUGCAUUUAUUCUUUGUUUCUCAAGCUCUCCCUCGCUCUCUCUCCGUAACAUAUGCCAUUUAAAGUCCUCGAGAGAGGCAUAAUGACAUAAAGGGAUCUGCUGUCAGUCCUCCAAAGAGCCUCCUAAGAGGCCCGACGGACACCGAGAUCACCUCCGAACCAUUAAUUCGACAGCACAAAAACAACUCUUCCUCUUGUCUUGCAAAUUCUACCGCCUAAAGGAGCGGUGGGAGAGGGAGUAAAAAGCCAGAUAAACGGAGAAAGAAAGAGACUUUAUCUGGAGGGCGAGCCUAAAAAGCUGCCGGAUGCUCAACUCGGCCAUCCGUUGUUAUUAUGACUCACACAAAAUGUGAGCACAUACAGUGUAAAAAGCCCAUGUCUCCUCAGCUUUUGAGUACCCUGACUUCUUCUUAGCAUCCUUCCCUCUAUUUCCCACACCGUCAUUCCUGUUGUUACCCUCCGGUCAGGCUCUCCAUCCAUAUAGAAGCACUUCCAUUUUCUUCCGCCGGCCGCCCUCAGACCACAAGAGAAGAUCGCAUCUUGUAUCAAAGAGACUUCAUGUCAAAGGUUUCUGGCUGUGUGAAUUUAUUCUUUGAGCUUGGGUGUUACUGCAAUAAGAUCUCCAGGCCUAAAUCGCAUUUGAAAGGCAUAGAUUUAAUGGCCUACCAGCAACCCCACACAAACACUCACUGGCACAAACAAAAACAUAAAACAACCCGACGGGACAAAGACUUGAAGCCUGUGGGUCGCGGCGUUUGCAUAUUUAAUCGUCUCCUCUCGCAGCCUUCCUAUGGCCCGCGUUCUAGGGUUACACGGCUGUAUAUUUUCAUCAAGGAUGUGUACGACCAGGUGAAAGCUGCUCACGUUGGACCCCGAAGCACAGGAGGACAAAGCGAGGACGCAGGAUGCUUAAAGCCUCGCGAGGCCGGGACCUUAAAACGUCACCACCUAUCUCAGCUGUGAUCAAUUUUUAAUGCGUUCUGCACAUAUUUAAUAUGUCAUUUAUGUUCUUUUAUUCCUCCAGCGAUCUGCGGGAUCUGGAGGGCGGAGGAACAAUGUCGGUGCGCAUUUGUGAGAAUGUGUUAGAUUAUGUGCAUGAGCCAGGAAGUGGUUCUCUCUGCUUCAUGUUGGAUUUUUUUUUUUUUUUCCCAAUCGUCAGCCAAGUUGGCAUGGCAACAAAAGGAAUUACUGUGUGUGAGAUUUAUUAAGACUAUGUGUUAUUUAUUACCGGGACUUAAAGAGCCCCAUUACUGUAUCUUCAACCUUUAUUUUUUAUGAAUCACUGGAUAAAAGCUGUAUUUCCAUCCAUAUAGUAUGUGCAAGCAAACCACUUCAGGCAGCAGAGAUGGAACAAGGCACGUGGCACAUGGUAUAAAAUAUUCAUUCUAUACAUGUUUUACAUAAUGCAAAACUACAAAGACCACUUCUGAAAAACCGCACAUUGAAACACGUGUCGUCGCUUUAAAAUGAAUCUUUCGCCGAGUCGCGCUUAAGUGCUCAGCCGCGGCCGUUCUCUUUUUGUGGUUGUCGCACUGCAGGCCACAGUAAUAAAAAACACACAAGCCGCUGCUGUUCUGACAGGAAUAGGAAGUGUAGCGGGUGAGGAAACGCAAGACAGGAGCGGAGGAUAGGAGGCUUCAUUAAGCGGCUGAGAAUAUGUGAAGUCAAAGUAUGCUUAUGCGAAACGUACCAGAGAACCUCAGCGUUGGGAGCGGGAGAUGCACUGCUUUCUGUAUUUAUUUACAGACAUUUGAGGUGUGUUCUGAUCUAUGUGAUGUAUGUACACUGUAAACACGGAGUGAAGGUUGGCUGAGUUAUUUUGCAUAUUUUGUUUACUGUUUUUAAAUCCCAUGAAAAGACUUCAUUCAUUCAUUCAUUCGUUCAAGCACAUUGGUUCCUACUGAAUCUAAAAAACUGAAGUUACUGCAGUAAACAACAGUAGUGUGACUCAAUUCGUUUAUUGUUGGCUUUGGUCUUUUUGUGGGAUUGUUUUGACAGUAAGAGGAAUACUAAAUUUCACCAGCCAUAUUUUUUAAAGUUGCUGGCAGCUGAUGUCAGUUCUUACCUUUAAAAAAGUUUAAAUUAUGUUGUCAUGUGUCAAAAAAAAAAAAAAAAUGAACCUCCCGAAUAGCUUCAGUCUCAUGAAUUUAUUGUAACAGAAAAUCAACAUGCUGUAAGACAAGAGAAAACACAGAUUAUAUAUGUCUGAGGGUAAUGCUGCGUUCACACCAUAGGCUGUAGAAAAAAAAAGGACGAUGCCUCUAAUUCUUCCCAUUGGUGAGAUCAGUUUUUAGCCAGAGAGAAAAUCGAUCACGCUUGGUUGGACUGCGCUCUGCUCUUCCUCCACCACAUACACACAAAUGUUGGAUUAUAUAUUACACUUUUUUUCAAAGCAACCAUUAUGGAUUCAGACCUUGUAAAUACUUGCCGACCUUCUCCCCUACAGACUUAACGCUGGAGGGUUGGUUUAGAUGGCGAGCUAAUUGCAUUAAUUCACUACAAAUCAAAAGAUUAACUUACUGAAAAAAAAAAACACCAUCACUACUCAUUUUGUCAGUUUCAAAUAGACAGUUGAUUAUUGUAGCAAUCCUACCCACUCUCACGGUCCCAUGGUCUCAUCAUGAUGUCACAUCCUGUUUUUACGGCGCCAAAUAACUAAGCAAAACAAAACUUCAACUGAAUGUUGAAUAUACAUCAGAAUUAUAGUGACUAUCUACAGUAAAUGAUGAGCUGCGAUCCAUUUCCAGUGAAAGCCAGCUAUAGAAAAUGCUACAGUUGAGCUGGCUUCAACAUUUUAAAUACCCUGAGGGAGUGACGCAUUAACCAGUCAUACUGUACGCAUUAGUUUCAACUGCUAACACACCAAUAGUGACUUGUUGACAGUGUAACUCGGCAUUUUCCUAACUUUCCUCACUUGUAGUGUGAAUGCAGCAUUUUGAAGAAAUUAUAGAGGUAUGCACGGACGUCACCAUCAUCCGGGGGUCAGUUUUGAUAAAGCUAGCUAAAUUAAAGACGCUAACGCUAAGAGCUUUACUGAGAAAUAACGUUAGCCAUACAACACUGUAGCGUCCGACCAGACGUUAAAAGGACGACGAGGAGUGAAAGCAAAUACUAAUAAUAAGCUUAUUGUUUUAUUGUUAUUUAUUAUUGGAACUGAAAUAGGUACUGUCGGCUGUAACUACACCAAAACAGCAACAUCCACAAACUUAUAUGACUGCCCUCCAGGACGUAACGGAGGAAGUAACUUCAUCAAAACACUACAGCAUAAAUUAAUAUUACCUGACACUAAAUGUGAACCACAACAUCAGGUUUCUGUGUCUGGAUUCCAGGUGUUUCUUCUAAUGCAGUGAUACAUUUACUUCUCUUUUCUUUGGGAAAAUAUAUCAACUGCUUUUCAUAUCUUUUGGUACAGUCAAUCACACGACAGCUCUUCCCCAUUUUUUAUUUAAAAUAAUUUUACAAGUUAGACACUAUUAAAGCCUGUGAUGAUUCAAACUAAUGCUGCUAAUCUCCGUGCUCAACCGUCACUGCCACUCAGUGGCCGUAACCACGGAGACUUGGCUCGCUGUGACGUCACGUACAUACCCUCUACAGUGACCCUAAAAGUUCAAAAUCAUACAAAUGAUAUGGUAUUAAAGUGAUAUUCAUGUGGGUUGACACAGACAUAACGUAAGCUUGUCUUAGUACACUGUCAUUUUUAUUUAAUUCCUGGUUUCUUUUAUUUAAACCACGCAGUGUUUUUCAACACAAAGCCUUUGUCUGUCCAGCAAGACGAACGGGAUGAAGGCAGUUGCGUAACUGGCUGCUGCGUGGGUCUGAGCGAUAAAAAACAAACCUCUUUGGAGAAGGGACAUUUUGAAAUGAAUAAGUGUUAUAAAUGAAGUAAAAAUAACUGCUGACAACAACAGUUUCUUGGUUAUAUUGCUGGUUUUUCACAACACGUUGCUUUAACUUUGAAUAUUUCGCGUCCCUGGUGCCGUCAAUGCUUCAAUAAACUCUACAGUUGUGUUACCAUGGUCAGUGAAAUCUGUCAGCUUUCGCUUGCAGACAAAUACAAGGUAUCUGCAAAUACUUUUCCCCCUCUUGUCUGACUGGGAUUCAGACAGAAAAUGUGUCUGUUUCUUUGCGACUGUUCGUUUCUCAUCAUUUCUCCCCAGCUGUGAGUCGCUGUAAGUGCUCUUUUGACUGUGCGAGUCGCUUGCCCGGCCGCUCUGCUUCCAGUGCGAGUGUUUCGGUAAUGGUCAUGCUGUCGUGUCUAAAGUGUCUGGGUUUCUUCUUUAAAAAUGCCAGAGGGGCUGUGAAAACGGCGGGCUAAAAUCUCAUCAUCUUCACAUUAGCGCGCCCCGGUUAGAGUGCUCUGUUCUCUUGUUAGAGCGACACACAAUGCUGUUGAUCUUUUUUAUUUUUUUUUUCCAUGGAACUCUUGUAUGUCAAAGCAAUUUUUGUCUCUCUGCCGAGCCUUUAUGUCAUCAGAUAAAAUGGCUUAUGAUCCUCUGGCGUCCUCCAUUGUCUCUUUGAUCUGCUCGACAUUUAUUUUUUGGGGAUUUAUCUGUGAACUUAGGAGAAUGAGAGUUUCUUUUUGUGAUUGUGUGGAAGGGUUUAGGUGGGUGAUGAAGCUCUGGUUAAAGGGCUGCCGACAAUCAGAGCUAGGGGCCCAAAGCUUUGUAACGAUGGGUGGAGAACGUGGUGAAUAAAGUUUGAAUGAUUUCAAUUCA